AUGGUGAUAACUGUCGCUACUAAAGCCAUCCUCGUAUUCUAUCUAGUUUCUUACGACACGCCGGAAUCGACCGCCUACAGUCCUGUAAUCGAAUUAAUAGAGAAAGCUGGAGUGGCCAGCAUUCCGGGCUGUAAAGAUCAGCGGACUUGCGAUGAAUGGAACGGCGGUUUAGGAACCACCCGGAAAAUGGACGUCGCGAAGAGCGGAACGGAGGAUUACGUCACGGUGGUGAACGUCGAGAGCAGCCAGUCGCAGCCGGAAAAUUUCGUCACCGUGCUGUCGAUAGGCAGCGGGAAGACGGAGGAGGAACCACCGACGUCCCCGAGCUCGCAGAAGAAUCAAGUGAACGGGGUCGAUGGACCGCUCGAGGAAGAGGUCGAGGUGUUUCGGCUGCCCGGUGAACGACUUGGAUUCGGGCUGAAGUUCGAGGGAGGGAACAAAACGUCGGAACGUGUCAGAAGGCUGUUUGUUCAGAGCUGCGCGGAACAGAGCCCUGCGAGCAGGGCGAAGUGCUCGUGGGGCACUUUGGGAGAGGGUGACGAGGUACUCUCGAUCGACGGUGUACCAGUGACACACAUGACUCGGCUGGAUUGCGUGAGACGAUUGAAGGAGUCCCAGCUGGUCAUCAAGCUGAUGGUCAGGUGCAGGGGAGCUCUCAGGCCUGAGGUGGUCAGCGCCGAGAAAAAGUGUUCACCUGAGAAAAGCAAAGUGCCCCCGGAACUGCCGUCGGCGCCGCCGCCGGUUCCGCCGCGAAAGCUGAGGCAAGCUCGAGGCUUGGCCGACGGCGAGGCUAAUCCUAGUCCUGUCAGAAAGUCCUGGAACGGAAGUACCAGGUCGCAAAAUGGUUCACUGAACAGUUCGCAGACCAGUUCGCCCGGUUCGCAACCUGUCACCCCGUUGGAUAGUAAAUCGACCACCUAUGAGAGCUGCGAGUCUUCGCCGAAAAGCUCCAAUGGGUCAGCGCAAGAGACACCAAAAGGAUCGCCGAAGGACCGAUCGCCGGAACUCGCGAAAUCGAAGCAGGAACCGCCGGAAGCAAUGGUCUACCUGGACGCCAGAUCGCAGUGCGGUUCAACGCACGGCAGCACUUCCGACGACACAGGAAGUUCAAUGUCCACGGUGAUCGACCGGUUCUCGACGUCCGAUCGUGUGUCGACGAUCUCCACCGCCUCGACCGCGUCGACCACGUCCGAGCAGCCGAUGGAAUUCUCGCGGAUCGAUCAGGAAUACGAUCGAUCCUCCGACCGAGACUUCCAAUUGUCCAAAACGAUUUGCCCUUUCGAGGGCUUGGACGCUGAUUAUUCCGGGAGUCCACCCGAUUACCUGCUUCGACGAUUGGCCAACUCCGAGGCGGUGACCCAUGUGGAGUCCCGAGGUGAGAUCGAGAGGAUCACCGCGGUGGUGGCGCCGAACACGGUGGUGAUCGAGGAAACGAUCACCUUUCAGCCGCCGUUGAGCUUCCAGGACGCGCCGUUGAGCUACGGCCACGAGGCCAGGCCAGAUGUCUUCUACACCGCGGAUCUGGCCGCGGACUCGACCACACAUUUCAGGCCAAUUAAGGACGACGUCGAGCUAGUCGAGCGCGUCAACGGAGACGCGUACGAUUCCUCGCAGGAGAAACUCAAGGAAGCAAGCGGCAACGGAAAAGGUUCGGAUAAAACGCCUCCGCCACUGCCCGCUAGGAAUCACGUGAACAGGAUCACCGUCAAUCAACCGACCAGCAACGAUCGUUCGAGCGAGCAACGAGCACAAAAAUCGUCUGAACCGUCCAACACGGUGUCUUCGGAUAACCAACAAGAGGCACCUGUUCUGCCACCUAAGCCGUUGCCCAGAAGGGACAUCAAGAUCAGACGAAAGAGACCACCACCGCCUCCACCUCCGCCAGUCGUGGCAACCAGAGAAGAACCAAAACCCUCCUUAUCGCCUGAGCAAUCCAAGCAAACGAGUCCAGACGAACCGACCAACCCAAAGGUCGACGUUCCCUCCACGAAACAAGAGGACACGAUCGCCACAGGUAACAACACCGAGGACAGGUCAAAGACACUGGAGAGAACAGACUCGGAGAGCAAUUCAACGUCGUCGAAACACACCGGUACAGAGAGCGACGUGGACAAGAGAAGGUACGAUGAGACCGAAGAUACCGAGUCCACGGAGAACUAUGGCCCUCCGGAGGACGACGGGCUCAGGACGAACAAGGUGCUCGAGAUCAUCGAGAUAAGGAAGGCGAAAGCGUUGCUCCCGCUCCAGGAAGUCAGUACCGUUCCACGGAAAGAGGAAGAGGACGCGAGAUCUGGUUACACGAACGACAGGGUUAAUGGGGAUCAGGAGAGGAUCAAGUUAGAGGUGAACAAGAGGAACGAGAGACCGAAACCGGAAGUCAGGACCGGGGUCACGAUUUCAACGGAAGUAGAGGACUCGGAGGAGGAUAGCGACGAGGCCACGACGAGAUUUAACGAGCCUAUAGACAAGUUGUAUGAUAGACAGUCGAACGGAACUGAUCAUUUGGAUGGGUUCAGAGAUGAAGAUUCACCGACUGAGAAAGAUCUGUUUGGACACGAGGAUGAUGGCGAUGAGUCCUAUAGCUCGUUGAACGAUAUCAAUCGGAAUGUAAGGAAUUUGAGAGGAAAUCGAGGAAGGAACGAGAAGGACAACAUCGAGGAGGACGACACCAGCGACGAAAGCGACGACGACUAUUAUUGGCAGAGUAAUCUGGCGACGAUAGGCGAGGAGGAGGAAACGAAUUCGCUCGAGUACUCGACUGCAAACAACGAUGCCAGUGACAACGAUGCUAGCCUGACGGACAAGCUCGAGUGUCAGGAAUCACCGACGGGCAAGAAAGACACGUUCGCCGCGAACGUAAGGAAUGACGAGGUAGACGACGGGAAUCGAAUCGCGAACUUCGACGAGGCCGAGGCUGAAAAUCUCAACGCAGAGACGGUAAAUGGUAGGAUGGACAACUGCGGAGGCGGUCAACGCCUGCCCCCGGACGGGGACGAAUUUCCGGCGGCGUAUCAAGAGUUCGCCGGGGCCGGGCAGCAGUACCGAUUCGUGACAGCGAGCGCGACGACGAGGGCGUCUACGAUGACCGCGAACGGCGGCGGUCUGGUGUGCGGGAACGACGAGACCGAGACGUUCAUCGGUACAGAAAGCUUCAAGUUGAUCGACGGUAACGUGGUCACCGCGGGUGGCAUAAUUCUAUCGGAGAACCGGGUCGGAUUGUCGAGCUGCGAGAACGUACGUCAGGAGGUGAACAAGGUCGUGGUGUCGAGCGUCGAGAUAAACGGGAAGACCGUGGUGGAGGGUGUCUGCCAGGACACGAGCGGUGUCCUCCCUCGAGAGACCCGAACGGACGACGGGAAGCCAUACGUCCCGGAACAGUUCGCGAAGAAAGCAACGUCUGCGACCAACUACUCUAGCUACGGGAACCAGGGUAACGGUAACAUCGUGGUGUCGGAGAAGAAGGUUGAGAUCACCGGAUACUAUCACAAAGACGUACCGGUUAUCGAGGAGUCGCAGCUGGACCAUGCCGAGAAAGAGACAUUGGACACGCCGCCGCCUUUGCCGUUAACUGGCCCGCCCAAGAUGGAACCGGUCGGUGUAUACUCGAGGAACCCACCGACCCUGGAACCGCCUCAGAGGAAGUACUCGUUGAACGGAGAACUUUGGAGGCAAGACGACAAGUCCGAGAGGUCCGUCAGGGACAAAAUCGCCAUGUUCUCUUCGCAGAGCAGUUUAGACGGACCUCUAUUCCCGAACACAGUAACGGUCGCGACCACGGCUACCAGCAACGGCAGACGGUUGUCCAAGUAUAAAUCCACGGAGGAUGUUUGCAGCGACGAGAAGUGUCCCGGCCAGAAGGACAGAACGUCUUUCUUCGCCGAUAGAACUCAAAGUUCCUUCGAUCUGACCGAUUCCGGGAGGAACGUCGGUCCAGAGCCUGGGAGAAAGUUCGGUCAGAGAUCGCCCUCGUUGACCCCGCCUAUGAUUCACACGUCGAAAACCUUCCCUGUGGUCCCGCCCAAGCCGUUGACGAACUCGUUCGAGAAACCAUCGAUGCCCAAGUCCCCGAUCAAGUGUUACGCGACUCCCCCGAAUAGUCCGCUGUCGGCGAAUCCUGGGAAUAAUCAGAAUUCUUCGAGCGUGCCACCGAAACCAGCGACCAUCACCGUGCUGACCCGCGCCACGAGUUUCUCCGGGUCGACCCCUUACGGCCAGGAACGGACCGUCGCGGCAAACGAGCUGUCCACCGGCACUUCUCAGAUCGCCAGGACGAACUCAUUGGCGUCCACAUUCCGGAGGCCAAACGAAGACAUCAGGAGGACCAGCUUGAACCAACUGAUCGAGCAGAGGAGACGGUCGAUAUCGAAGCUGAGGGGAUUGGUGAUCCCGGAAAAGGAGGCUGUACCCAUCGAAGCGCCUAUUGUCGACCUGCCAGAGAUCAAGUCGCGUGAUUCUAUACUGUUACACCAGAUCCCAAAAGCCAACAUACAGGACAAAUGGGGUUCUCAAAGCUCCCUGGCCAGUAAUGCAAGCACAGCAAGCGGUCCCCUAAAGGCGACCACGUCCUUCAAGAUGCCAGCACCUCAGAUACACUCCAAGUAUUCCCCAGCGUUCAAACGGAAGAGUCUAGCGGUGUAUGGUUCGUCCUCGAGUAAUUCCUCUGUUAAUGGUGCGAAGCCCACGACAGCAUCGACACCGACGAUGUCCGAGCCACCGAAGAGUCUGGAGAGCAUUUGCAGCCCGACGAGGAGCGACUACAGCUUCGAGUUCGCGUCGACCGCCAGUUCGCCCGAGGGAUUACGAAACAGGCAGAAGAACGUCCAGAGGAAGACACGAAUGGACUACGAGGACUCUGACAACGACUCCGCUGUGAGCAGCUCCCAGAGCAGUAUCUCCCGUGGAUUCAGUCCGCCGAUGUCACCUGUACCCUCCGAACGAUCCACCAUUUCGUCCGAGAGAUCCUAUGUGUCUACGGAGACCAGUUUCCGGCAUCGAUCUCUGAUCAUGGACAGUCCAACAAGAACGUACGCGAGAGAGUCGAGUACAGUGGACUAUUCCCGAUCGAGUAUACUAAACGAAAGAACGUUCGUCAACGAAAGAUCGUCCUCCAGUAGCAGCAGUUCGGACCCAAGAUCUCCUCAGCCGAUAGAGUCGAACGCAAGGAGCUCGCAGAUACCGCAGAGACAACUGAAACGAUCGAACAGCACCGACACUAACUGCAGCACAUCCUCGACCCUGACAUCCGGUUCACAGGCGAGCGCGGAAUCGUUGUCCAGAAGAGUGCUGAAACCACAGAGCGUGGAGGCGAUCAAUCGGAAGAAUAUUUUGGCCAGUGCCAGGUGUCGAAGCGGUAGGGACCUGAACGGGUCGCCGCUGAUACAAAGGAAGUUUACAGAUGAGGAUCAUCAUCCAGUGGCUGAGAACGGUGACGAUCGUCAGAAAUGUAGAAUGAAAAAUACCGUACCCAGUCCACAGGAUGUGAAGAUCGCUUAUAUAGAGGUGACAGACACGUUCAAUGAGAGUGACUCGUAUCAGAAAGAGGAGGAACCGAAGCUGCCACCGAGGAGAAGCGUCCCGCCUCCGAUUGCCCGACCCCCUAAGUCUGAAAUGCUGGAGCCCUCGAACGAUCUCAAGAUGUGGGUACGUACGGAGGCUAAGGCCUUGGCCAGAUCGGCGGAAUUGAAGGCGAUCAAUAAGAUCGAAAAGAAACCGGAACCAGUUCCUGAACCUGUCGCCUUGAAAAACAGUAAAUCGGUCGCCGAGGAACAGAAACAUAGUUCCAUCGACCUGCCAUCGGGGAACCGAAACACAGACGAGAACGAGUCUAGUAUAAUAGAGGUCUCGAAGACGAGAAGCAGACCCAGCGUGACUUCUAAGAAAUCCUCCGAUGAUCAGAACGAUCUUCUAACGAUUCUGACGACGAAAAGCAGAUCCAGAUCGGCGAUCCACGUGGACGACGGAAGCUUCGGUCGAUCCAAGAGCCAGAUGAGCCUGGAGGAUAUUCUAAGCGCGAAGACAGACGUGAAGUUGUCCCGGGCUCAAAGCGUCGAGGGAAGAACCGAGAAGAGCACCGUUGUUCCUGUAAGUCAGAACAGAUCGGUUUGGGAAUCGAAGGAGAAUCGUUACGGUAGGAGGAGCUCGAUCACUUCGAACGAGUCGUGGACGGAGGACAAGCCAUUCGUCUCGAAAAUACCAACGUUAGGGAAGUCCCGACUUGCUGAUACCAACGACGCGAUAAUGGACGUCGAGAAGUCGAAGGUAUUGUCCAAGAUCCCGACCACGAGGAGCCUUGGUCGUAGAAGCGCGAGCGUCACGGACAUGAAGAAAGCUCUGGAGAAGAUAGAUGCUUCGUCCAACCAGCUUCAGAGUCCAGCAACCGCUCAUAACCGGUUCCCGAGUCUCGACAGCAGCGUGGAUGAGAAUCUGUCCCCUGUAGGCACGGAUGUGGACACGGACAGAUGUUGCAGCGAGCAAUUCGGUAGCAUCAGUUCGUUGGCGAGCAGCACGAGCCUGAUCUCGCAACAGGAAUUGGCGCAGCUGGUCGAGGAGGCGAGUCUCGAGGAGGCCAGAGGUGUUCACGAUGUGAUCGUCGUGCUGCUUCACAAGGAGAACCCAGCCGGUAGUGUAGGGAUCACGCUGGCCGGCGGAGCGGACUGCGAGGUCAAAGAGAUCACGGUUCACCGAGUCUUGGCGCAUUCCAUAGCGGACCGGGACGGUCGCGUGCAAAAGGGAGACAGAAUUUUGAGUAUAAACGGGAGAAGCACGCGCGGUAUCACGCACAGGGAAAGUUUAACGGUGCUGAAACAGCCGAGAUCGGAGGUCGUUUUGGUCGUUUCGCGAGCGAGGACCGAGGAAGGGUGCAGACUGAGGUCGCGGACCGCGAGCGUCGAAACUAUCAUCGAAGGAUUCGAGACGAACGGUAUCGCAGAGGAUACUGCUUGGGGACCACCCUCGGUUGUAGCGGUGUACAAGGACGGGGCUGGAUUAGGAUUCAGCCUCGAGGGUGGCCGAGAUAGCCCCCUCGGGGACAGGCCACUGAUGAUUAAGAAAAUAUUUACCGGAGGUGCUGCCGAAAAAACAGGUGCCUUAAAGGCAGGGGACCAAUUAUUAGUGAACCUCCUAGUCAGGCACCCUGCCACCAAAUCAUCGUGA